UCUGACGCAACCGCGCGCCAGGUUUCGAAACGUUCUAUUUACAAAGAAACAAAUUAGCAAAAAUAAGAAGUCCGCGCGUCAAGAAUAAAGUAAUGGAAAGCAUAAUGGAAACAAUGGAGCAAGGUGUUCUGGGUCACCUGAUGGCUUUAGAGAGGGGAGGUAUGGGACAGCAGGACCAGCAUGACUCUCAGAGGUUAGAGAUGCUCAAAGCCAGAGCUGUGACCCUCCGUGCCAAAAGAGAUCAAAUCAAACAUCAGACAGAUGUGGUCAAGAUCCUGAAAGAUAAAAUCAGCAAAGAUCUUCCAUUGGAAGAUGAUGCUGCUGCAGCAGGCGGCUUCAUUGAACUACAGAAGUCUAUGUUAACAGCUUGGAGAAUGCAGUUGAAAGACCUUCAGCGUGCUCAUCACUUAAUUGGUGGCUAUGAAUUGGUGGAGUGUAAGGAAGGGAAAAGCGUGUGUGUGUCUUUUCACACGGCCUUUGAGGGUGUGUAUUUGGAGACGCAUAACAUGGAACUGGACCUGACGUGCACCGUGCAGAUCUCUCGCCAUAACAUCCCCCCGUCAUUCCCACUCGAGAGUUUCGCCAAACAGAACCUGCAGAAAGACCUUAAAGCCUUCCUGCAGACCCUCAGCCAGAACCUCAACGCUUUAGCCGCUCGCAGACGGCAGGUCUGCCUCCUCAAGGAGCUCAUUGGUUCGGUGGAGGUGAUGGAGAGCAAUCAGUUGUGCAAUAUUCUUGUGCUCAUGUGUACAGCACAAAGCGAGACUCCCAAAGCUGUUCUAUGCACACUGGAGUACGGCGAUCUCACACAAUGUCUGCCAACACGGGUUAGCAUUGAGUGUGAAGAUAAAACACUUUCAGAAUCUCCACAGUGGAAGAAAAACCAGUCUCUGCUCCUGGAGUCUCCAGCUCAUACGACUGUCCUGACCAUGAGGAGGAUGGGAAGCAUCGCUUAACAAAUGUGACAAAAUGAACACCUUAAUGUAAAUAAUGUUCCGUUACAGUGCAGUUGCACAUUCAGAGGUAGAUUAACACGUAACUUGAGAGAACUGAGAAAAACAACUAUUUAGCACGAUCAGUUCAAAAUUCUCUUAAUGGUACAUAAAUGUUCAUGCAUAAGUUGUCAAAUGCUGUAUAGAGUUGAGAAAGCUUCUUAUUUUCUGUUGUAGUUUUUCUCUCUGCAGUUGUUUCAGUCUUUCUUUAUACCAUCGGUAAUACUCUACCUGAUAGAUCAGCUCUUUCUGAGAGAUGCUGUCGAUCAAUGCUAGGUCUUUCAGCUGUAGAAUGGAACGCUGAGCGUUUUCUGAAGCUUUGAAUUUCUCUGUGACUAUCAUAGAUGCAGAUGAAUCAUCUUGCUUGACGGAGAAUGAUGCUGAUUUAGCAGACCUCUGUUCUUCAUCAUCCUCAUACGUUUUCACAGAAGAUAGAGGUCUGAAAGCUGGAGCGGAUUUUGAAAAUCGUGUCUCGUGUGCAUCGUUUGUCAUCCUGACCUCUGAUAUGGCUCUCAUUGUGUUGUUUAUGGUUGCGUGCGGUUCGCUAACCCUUAAAGGUAUAGUUCACCCAAAAAUGAAAAUUGGAUGUUUAUCUGCUUACCC